GAAGGUAAAAUAGUGAUAAAAAAUUGUUACUUAUUUGAAAACUAAAAUUUUCUUUUAACCCGGAUAAUCCAACCAAACCCUUUGAUUCUUCUCUCCGCCAAAAACGUUCCUGAUUCUGGCCGUCAACCUGACAUCCUUGCGCGCAUCAGAAGGGGUCCCGGAGUAACCUGUCUAGAUGUCUGAUACGCCAUUAAGGAUGCAGAAGACAACGCCCAUGACCGUGGAUCCGAUGGAAGAGAAAAUUGCGAAAUACAGGUCUAUAGAUAGGAAAUUAAUCAUAGAUGAAAGAUUCCGAGAUCUUCCAGAUAUUGCAAGCUAUUCAGACAUCUAUUUUAAGGGCACAACAUGUAAGGCUCCCCUCUUUGACUUUCCUGAUGAUUCAUGGCUACAUGAACCUGGAUAUCAACUACCUAGAAUUGGAACUGCUGAGUUAGCCACUCUUGGAAGAUAUGUGAUACCUAUGUUAUCCUCCGGCCUCUCUGAGAAGGCAAUAGGAAUCCUUUUUGUCCUUGCAUAUAAUCUGCGUCGCCCAACAAAGGGUUCUGUUGAAUAUGUUUUUUCAGAUCAUGAACUAGGCCUAGGAUCACUCGAAGAUAUGAAUGUUUCUGAUCUUUCAGACAAUCUGCUGAUUAGGGUUAGAGAGCCAUUUUAUGUUGCUGCGACAACAGAUCUGGAUAGAGAGGCUAUGUAUUACUCGUUUAUUGCUGCGUCAACAUUUAGACUGUUCACAAAGUCUCCUGAGAACUAUCUGAGAGCAUUCACGCAUAUAUGCAAUAUGUUUCCAAAAUUUUAUGGUGUAUCAUGUCCUGUGAGACUUCCAACUCCACAUAUAGAUGCAUUGAAAAUUUUAAAGGCAAAUUUCUCUAUCCACCCUAUAUGCAAGGUCACACUAUAUCGAGUUUUAUACCUGAGUGGAGGAGGUGAAGAAAAUGAAGAAAUUCUUUCUGAAAUGAAAAGGUUCUUAUAUGAUGAACAUCUUGCUUACACCGGGUUGCAUGUUGUAAGAAUAUUUAUGAAGCUUUGUCAGGCGUUAAAUUGUAACACUGAGCUACUUUUGGCCAUAUUAAAUAUCAGAGAGUAUGAGCGACAGAUUAAUGCUAUGAUCAAGAUGGUCGGAAUUAUAACAAGUCCCUUAGAGAAACACAAAAGAAAAAUGUGGAGAUAUGGAAGACUAUUUGAUGAUGCUUUUAUGUCUCCUCUCCGGACCCGAACUUGUCCGGCUUUGACAUACACAUUGGCUUCAGCAUUGAAGAAAGUAUCAAGUCAAUCCAACGAGAGGAUUUUGGAUAUUGUACAGCUUGGAGAUGUUAGUGAGGAGAAAAGAAGGUCACUUGAUGUUGUGGCAGAAAAUAUAAUUAAGACGGUACGCUGCAAUGCUAAGGGUUCUCAGAACAAUCCUUGCUCAACCUUGCAUAUGUCUGUUUAAGUUGUUUUUACGUUUCAAUUCUAUUUUUAAGUCUUCUAUGUAUUUUGUUUUCAUCAUCAAUUAAUCGGCCUUAGGUUUGAAUAGGUGAAAAUUGUGGUUAAGCACGUUUAAAUUUGUGUUUGGUAGAUUACGUUAUGAUUAAUGAGUUUUGACAUCGGAUA